GUUCUUCCUAUCUAGUGCGCAUAAACUAGUGUACGAGUGUACAGGAAGGGACGAGCCAAUGGGAACACGACCAGAGUGGAUUAUUAGGAGUCGCCAAAGCGGUGACGUAAGAGGCAGAGACGUCGUCAUGGCGUCGACGGCGCUGCUGAGACCGGAGCUGUGUUUUUAGUUCAGAAACGGGGUUGCGGUCGACGAGCCGUCGAGAUGGAGAGAAAUGCGAGCCUGCACGGAGACGCUACGGCAGGAGAGACGAAAGCUGACAGCGCGAACGCUGAGCUGUCGGUCAGCAGUUUGGGUCCGAGUUGCACAACAAGCGCCACUACUAGUACUACUACUACUCCUCCAAGUGCUAAUGCUAACGCUAGCGCUAACGCCGCGUCUCGCGCAGACAGAGCGGAUGUUUGUGAAAUGAUGGAAGCAGGCGGAAAGCUCGUGCAGUCUGGAGAAGAAGCGGGUAACGGGCUGGGUCACGGUGCGCGUGAGCCUGCGACCGGAAGUAAUGACGCUCCAAACUCCAAAUUAGUAAACAAGCCGAGCAGAGAGGAGCCCUCUAUAGGGACUACAAGCGCGCGCGCGGAUCUCACGGUCCAGGAGGUCCAGGAGGCGAGUAGUAUGUGUGCUGACAGCAAUGCUGCCAAGGCCAAGUCCGAGUCUAAUGAAGGCACCCUGUCUCAGGGUCUGCCCAGCCUGGACUCCCUCGAGUCCUUCUCUAAUCUAAACUCCUCCUGCCCCAGCUCUGAGCCUGUCAGUGAAGGUUUGGAGGAUCAGGAGAAGGGACUGGCAGUGGUCCCUCAGGGCCAACAUGGGGCAGAAGGGGGCAAAACUCAGACCUGCAGGGAGCGAGGUGGUGCACGUCAGUCCAUCUACCACAUCAAGUGGAUCGGGUGGAAGGAGGAGAACACACCUAUCAUCACCCAGAAUGAGAAUGGUCCAUGCCCUCUGCUGGCUAUUAUGAACGUGCUGCUGUUGGCCUGGAAGGUCAAGUUGCCGCCAAUGAUUGAGAUCAUAACAGCAGAGCAGCUGAUGGAGUAUCUGGGAGACUACAUCCUUGAUGCCAAACCAAAAGAGAUCUCUGAGGCUCAGCGUUUGAACUACGAGCAGAACAUGAGCGAUGCCAUGGCCGUCCUCCACAAGCUACAGACAGGUUUGGACGUGAAUGUGAAGUUCACAGGUGUCAGGGUGUUUGAAUACACCCCAGAGUGCAUCGUCUUUGACCUGCUCGACAUCCCACUGUACCAUGGCUGGCUGGUUGAACCCCAGAUGAGUGAUAUAGUGAAGGCAGUGGGGAACUGCAGUUAUAACCAGCUGGUUGAGAAGAUCAUCAGUUAUAAGCAGUCGGAGAACAGCGAGCUGGCUGGAGAAGGCUUCGUGGCGGAGCAGUUCCUUCACAGCACGGCCACGCAGCUGACCUACCACGGCCUGUGUGAGCUCACAUCCACUGUGCAGGAGGGGGAACUGUGUGUGUUCUUCAGGAACAACCACUUCAGUACCAUGACCAAAUUCAAGGGCCAGCUGUACCUGCUGGUGACGGAUCAGGGCUUUCUGACUGAGGAGAAGGUGGUGUGGGAGAGUCUACAUAACGUGGACGGAGACGGAAAUUUCUGCGAUUCAGAGUUCCGUCUGAGACCCUCCGACCCCGAGAGCGUCUACCAUGGCCAGCAGGACCAGAUCGAUCAGGACUACCUGAUGGCACUGUCGCUGCAGCAGGAGCAGCAGGUUUCAGAACUGGGCUGGGAACAGCUUCCUGAGGGCAUCAGUGAUCUGGAGCUAGCGAAGAAGCUGCAGGAGGAGGAAGAUCGCAGGGCAUCAGAGUUCUAUCAGGAGCAGGAGGAGGAGCAGGAGCAGGCUGCUGCAGCCGCACAGGCCCAGGCUCAGGCAGCAGGUGGCGCUGUAGCAGAAGCAGCAGUCGCAGCCCCAGCAGGAGGAGCAGCAGUGUGUCCCAGUCCAGGAAAGCACAGUUCCAGCACAGAGCGCAAAGCCAAGAAAGAGGCCAAGGACAAGGAUAAGUGUGUGAUCCUGUAACAGCGCUGCAGCCUGCCUCACGGUCUGACUGAAACGCAGAAGGCUCGUCAUUACACACUGACUCAGAGCUGCACAAGGAGUGAGAGAGCGUGAUGGAGGAGAGGAUCCGCUGUUCCUAAGCCACUGGUGCCUGAUGCUGUUUGCUCUCUGAGCUCUGAACACACAGCAGAGCGGAUCAGGAGGAACAAACUCGCACUGCGUCUCUGAUCGAGCUCGCCCGACCUUCCUUACAGCCGCACGGUGCACUGCGCUCGUCUGGAGUGACCUCACACGCUUCAGGAUGGUGGAUUUUAUAGCAAAACACACCAGAAGGAGAAAUAACGGCACCGUUUUCUUGUUUUUUUUGUUUUUUUUUCUUUUCUUGAUUUCCAUUAUUGCAGUUGUUUAUAAGAUGUUUUAUAAGCUGUUUUAUAGCAUAUAUAUAUAUAUAUAUAUAUAAUAUACACACACUUCUUAUAUGCAGAGAUGCAGUUUCACAGGCAGGAUCUUUACACUGGGACAGAGAGGACGCAGCAGUAGCAGGACUACAUAUCACACUGUAACAGUGUUACACGACGUGCCGUUCAGCUUCUGGGCUUCUGCGGAUCACGCCAAACUCGCUCUUCACUUGAAACCGUUGCUAUUAUGCACUAAAGUCUCGGGUUGUAGAUCAGUCUGGGUUAGAGGUGGGCGAUACGGCAAAAUAUCACUCAUGAAAAAUAAUAUCACGAUCAUUUGUUUUAACAAAGUGCCAGUAAAUCAGUAGUGCCACGUUGUAAAGAUCAACAAUGAAUCAGUUGGUACAAAAGCAGAUUUUAUCAACACAGCCUGUUACUGGAAGUCAUAUUGGAGUUUUUAACAAGGAACCGUAAGACGACUUGUUAAUAAGAGGAUGGUUAGCGCUCUGGUGAUUAUUUUCAGAAAACAAACCUCAUAAUAUCGCCCACCCUAUACCCAGUUUGCCAUCUGGGUUUUUUUUUUAUUUAUUUUAUUUAUCCUCCUCCGUAUUGCAUCUCGCUUAGAACUAAUGUCUCCUGCAGCCACGAGUUAACGUUCAAGAUGUACUUAUCAUGACGUUGGUUCUCUCUUCGCUCCCUCUGUGUUUUUUUUUUAAGACAUGAAAGAUUGUUGAAUGCGGCGCGUACAUAGAGCGGUUUGUUUUGCCGACCCCGUCGUCCUCCAGCGCUCAGCAGCAGCCCCCGACUUUCCCUGCACGUUAAAGCGCACUCCAUUUCACUAGACACGUUUCGGUCCCUGUGAGUUGCCACUUUAAUAUGCUGCCACUUUCUGAGCACCUGCUUCAGUGCUGUUUUGGAUUGUACCAGAUAACUUUAAGCCUUGUGUUAUUUUCUCUAUCGCUCGUGCCACAGCUUCUGCUGUUUUAUGUUGACAGUAAACGUGAUGGCACUAUGUAUGUAUAUAUGUGUACCACUCCACCAUAGCGGCGCAGUGUAACUCGGCACGUUAUCCGUGUGACUGCCUUCUCCUGACAAACUUUUACUCUCGAUAACAUUCCAACAGGAUGUUUUCACUCACGUUGAGAUGUACACACACACACAGUUGCUCAGAUGAGGGACUGCAGUAGAGGGUCAGAUCCCAAUCCCAGUCGUGAGGAGACACUGCUCACGUUGGAGCUUUCUCCCCGACCCACCUCAACUGUUUUAAUGCACCUCUGCUGACGUCCUCUCUGUUUCACCUUGAAAUGAUGACUUUAGGAGAUCUUGCAGAGAACGCAAUCCGAUUGGAUGUCAUUUCCAUUCCAAGUUGGUAAUUUAUAAGUGAAAAAAUAUUUUGAUUUACUUUAAAAACCGUGUUUUAUGUGCCGAACUAGCUCUAUCUGCAUGUCCCGUGCAUGUUACUGAGGGCUGGUGUCCCGAGCAGGAACCGAAGCGGAGCUCAAGUUACAUUCAGUCAGUGAAGUGUUAGGUGUGAACACUUGCUAGUGAACUUGACCACCGGUACUUUUGACUGAAGUUACUAAAGAGUGUCGUGAGUGUUGUCGACAGAGGUGUUUUAAGAACAAUAUUACGUUAAUUACGAUGGAACAAUACCCGAAGUAAACUAUCAUCUUAUGGCUUGUCAGGACAACCAGGGAAGAAUUCAUUGAUGUGGCUUAUUUGAACAAAAUAUUUUGAUCAGAUGUAUAGUUUUGUCCCUGGCCCAAGUAUCCUACCCAGUGGGCUUGUUUGAGGGGUGUGUGUGUGUGUGUGUCGCCAAGGUCUGAGAUUACAGGUAUAGGUGAGUGAGGCGCUUUUGUCUUAGACAGGCCCUUAGUGGCCAAACUCUCUGUACAUAAACACAGCUUUCAGCAUUUACACUAACUUUUAUACAACACACACAUAGUAGUAGGUGUGAGGGGAGACUGAGACAAUCUGUAGACUUUUCCAUGAACAGAUAACCACUCAGGCUUUCAGCGAUGGAACACGUGCUUGAGUGUCUUGCCGUGCUGAAGGAGAUUUAGGUAACUGGUCAAAUACAGGGUUAGAAUCUGGGUUUUUACACACUACGGGGUAUGGGUGGGGUGGUGGUAGAGAUCAGAAGCAGCAUUAAUAGAGUUGUUGACAUGAAGGGGGUUAUCUGCAGAGCACCAGGCCAUCUGUUAUUUCCACACUCGCACUUCACUGAACACCGCGUCGGUCGGCAGUGGGCUUCACGUUGGUCAUUAACACUUAGCCGGAAGCACAACAGUAAAGCUGACCACGUUUAAGAGACAGAAAGACGUUCAGGCAUGUUUUCCCGGAAGGCUGGUUAUGAACUAUAAAAAAGAAAACUGAGAAACACUACAUUAAUCAUCA